AACAUAAUUGCACGGGAUAGCAUAAGCGUGAACGAAGUUGCGGUGUCAAAUCACGAGUUGACUUUCAAGAUCAAGAUCCAUUGAUCAUCGGUAAUGUUAGUAUUCGAUAAGAAUAUCGUUCAUCGGAACCAAUCCACGCUUGGCCGAUUAAACCACUCAUUUCUCAGAUAUUGAUUUAAUAUCGGAGUAAUUAAGUACCAUGAGUCAGGAAAAAAGAGAAAACGGGAAGAAGGAGAAUUUGCAAAAAGGGCAAACGCAAGAAAAUAGAGAAGAGGCUACGAAUUCUGUAAUUAAUAAAAGAAUAAUGGAAUCCUGUUUGGGACAAACUUGUGCUGCUUUAUCCAGUGGAGCAACAACCGGAACAAUUUUCACACACCUUCUACAAACACUUUUGGCAGCUCAAUGUGCCUUAAAUUCAAAUGAUUUAUACCCACCAGAUAGAACUUCAGAUGUUCUUAACGAAAAUCCUGAAUUUGAUUUUAUAAUAAUAGGUGCUGGAACAGCAGGUUCAGCCUUAGCUAGUAGACUAUCAGAAAUUGAAAAAUGGAAAAUUCUAUUGGUCGAAGAGGGAGAAAACCCUUCUUUAAACAGCAGAAUACCCGGACUUAUGUUCACUUUAUAUAAUUCGAAUGAGGAUUAUGCUUACAAAACCGAACCGAAUGAAAAUUAUUGCCUAGGACAAAAGGAAAAAAAAUGUCUUUGGACCAAGGGCAAAGCGCUUGGUGGAAGCUCGGCUGUAAAUGCAAUGUUAUACAUACGUGGAAAUGACAGAGAUUAUAACCAGUGGGCUGAAAUGGGCAAUAAGGGUUGGAGCUUUGAAGAAGUUUUGCCAUAUUUUCGUAAAUCUGAGAGUUAUAAUCCGGAAUUUGCUGCUAAAAAUGGCCAACAUUAUUUUGGAACCGAUGGUCCUUUGCAUAUUCGUAAAUAUAAUUAUUCUACUACAUCUAUGCCAGAAGUUGUCUUGCAGGCAGUCAGAGAAACUGGAAUUCCAAUUCUCGAAACUUUUAAUGGAGGACAUUACAUUGGUUACGGAAAUGCUGACGGAACAAUCGACAAUGGAUUACGACGAAGUGUGGGAGAAGCUUAUCUAUCUUUAGCAAAAAACAGGAAAAAUUUAUAUGUUUUAAAAUCCACAAAGGCAGAAAAAAUAUUAAUGUCAGGAAAAACAGCAAUAGGUGCUCGCUUGAGGUUGAAAAAUGGCAAAAUAUUGGACGUAAAAGCUUCAAAAGAGGUGAUUUUGUCAGCUGGUAGUAUUGCGACUCCACAAAUAUUGAUGCUUUCCGGAAUUGGUCCACGAGACCAUCUUAAAGAAAUUGGGAUUAAAACUUUGGUUGACUUGCCAGUGGGAAAGCAUUUGGAAGAUCAUACGAUGGGUUAUGCGGUACAAAUGGCUUUUGUUAAUAAAACAGGUCAACCUGUGAAGCCUACUUAUAUUUUGGACGAAGCUUAUAAAUUUUUAAUUGACAGAAGUGGUGAUUUAUCAUCGACUGGUGGAGCUGAUCUACUCGGCUUUGUAAACGUGCAUGAUCCAAGCUCAAAGUACCCAGAUAUUCAGUUUCAUCACUUUCAUGUUCAAAAGGGACAAAUGCCCCAAAUGGAAAGUGUAAUUAAGGCAUUUCACAUGUCUGAUGAAAUAGCCUCUGAAUUAAGGAAACUCAUAGCAGCUCAAGAUAUCUUUUACAUAUUACCAACCCUUUUAAAUCCUAAAAGUUUAGGAGAAAUAAAAUUGCAAAGUGCAGACCCUAAAGAGAAUGUGAAAAUAAUUUCUAAUCAAUUUUCGCAUCCUUAUGACAUGGAGACAAUGGUCAAAUCGAUUGAAUUUUUACGUAACUUAGUGAAAACAGAAGCAUUUAAGAAACAUGGAUUGAAAUUAAAUAUUUUUAAUAUUCCUGGAUGCAAAAACACGAAACCUGAUUCGAAAGAAUAUUGGGAAUGCAAUUUUCGUCAUACUGGAACGACUAUUUUUCAUCCAGUCGGAACUGCAAAAAUGGGACCUGAAAACGAUCCAGAAGCUGUUGUGGAUCCAAGACUCAAGGUUCAUGGGGUUUUAAAACUUAGGGUGAUUGAUGCUUCAAUUAUGCCAAAAAUUACUAGUGGAAAUACGAACUCUCCCACUUUAAUGAUUUCUGAAAAAGGCGCUGAUAUGAUCAAGGAAGAUUGGAUAGAAAAAGACGAAUUGUGAUAUUAUAUAAAUAAGUUCUAAAACUAGAGAUCUCUUUUUUUCAGUAUCGUUUUGUGCGGGCUCUGUUUUUAAAUAAAAUAACCUCAUGCUGUUAUUUUUAAUAUAUGACAAAUGAACAAGGGUUCCCAUCAGUGGUCUCAUUUUAGUUCAAC